AAAGCGCUAUACCCUACUCGACUUCUGAUCGGUGAAGACGUGCGUGCCUCCACUGACUCUAUGUGUUGUGUUGUGGUGAUAACAAGGCCUCAUCAUUGCGUCGCUUCACACCGGCAGGCCCUCCGGACCUGGGCCCCUGACGAUGCCAACGUUGCCAGCGAUGCACCCCGAUAACGGAUUAAUCUUCUCAGCGCCCCCGGAUGUAUUAAAACAACGUAUAAUGGUUGCCGAAUUCGUGGGCCGAGGUCAAAGUGGAUCCCCCGUAAAUGGUGAAAUUCCACAGUUAAACUCCAACAUGCCUGCCAGUCACGGCCGGGAACUCCUCUCAUCGUCGACAUCCCCAGGAGCCGACGCUUACAAUCCCGCGUACAACAUGUCAUCCGUCAAACAUAAAGAACUUUUCUCGCAGAGAAAACAGCGCGAGUUUACGCCCGAUAACAAGAAAGAUGACAGUUAUUGGGACAGACGCCGCCGUAAUAACGAAGCGGCGAAAAGAUCUCGAGAGAAGCGACGCUUCAAUGAUAUGGUUUUAGAACAGCGCGUCGUGGAAUUAACAAAAGAAAAUGCCAUCCUCAAGGCUCAGUUAGAAGCAAUCAAGGAAGAGUACGGAAUCUGCCCCGAGAACGUAGUGUGCGUCGAAAAAGUCCUAGCCAACUUGCCAACAAACGAACAAGUACUCAGCUUGACCAAACGUCAGAAGCUCGCCCACCCGGCGAACCCUCUCAUGUUCAACCCCCACAGUCCCAUCCCUACGCCCGUGAUCCACCAGCCCGUGCUUGGGUCCCCGCCGCCGCAGCCGAUCCCCACCCACAUGCUGCACCCGCCGGCGUCCCACCACGAACCCCCCUACAGAGAUCACCCCGAGUAUCCUCACCCCUUCCCGUUCCCGAGCUACCACCAGGCGGUCCACUACGACUCGAACGACGCCCUCAACUUGUCGUCGAGGUCCCGCUCGCGGGGGCAGUCCCCCUUCGAAGUCUCGAGCAACUCGGGGGACGAGAGCGCCCCGAUCGCUCUGACCGCCGAACCCAACAAUAGCCUCCCGCUGAAGCUCCGCCAUAAGUCGCAUCUGGGGGAUAAGGACGCCGCGAAUACCCUGCUGUCUCUGCAGAACAUCAAGCAGGAGCCCGGGCCGCGGGCCAGCCCGCCCUGGGACGCGGAGGGCUCCAGCGACGAGCGGGACUCCGGGAUCUCUCUAGGAGCGGAAUGGUCGACGCAGGCCGCUCAGGCCGCCGCCACUCUGCAGACCCUCCAGAAGCAGUCGCAGCUACAGGCCAUGCAGGAGGCCGCAGGCGGCGAUUCCGAAACCAAGCACAGGCUACAUUCGGAAAUCGUCAGGCUGUCGUCCGAAGUCGAGCACCUCAAGUCGAUGAUGAUCGGCAAAGAGAAGGAGCCCGUGCGGCAUUAGUCGGAAGUGGGCCACGGGGUUACCCACUGUGCUCGUCGUGCGCGUACUUGUGAUGGAUAGGACAUAUCAACGCUCUGUCGGGAGCUAUUUAUUCUAGUGGUUAAGUAUUUAUUCAUUUAGUAAGUUCGGAGGCUGAUCUCCACUUGCACAACUUUCGUAUCUUAGUGGACUUGCUUUCAUUUGCCGAUAUAUUCCUAUGGUUAUCCCGAUUUAUUUAACAUAACCUUAUUGUAACGCAUUGUUAGCGCUUGUAUCGCUAUGACUUUGUUACUAUUUACGUCAACUGUACUAUAUCUACCACUGGUUUCGUUUUUUCAUCUCAUAGGGAAUUAUUGUACCUUUUAUUUUUAACUGGAAAUGUGUGAUUUUUUGUAGACUAUUACUCUAAGGAAAUACCAUUAUUUAUGUAUAAUAUGUAUGUAUUUUUGUUACAAGCUGCGGAAGAUUUCCGCGAUUUACGUUAUGUUAUCUCAUUAUUGUAUAUUUAUGUAUCAAUAAGACUAAUGCUGGACCUUACCUCAACUGAUGCAACUGAUAUGAAUCUGUAACCGAUUUCGUCCGGCAUGGAAUAUUCAUCGAUAUCUUCAUAGCAAAGAAAGUAACGAUAUAUUUUCAUAUUACCAAGCAUGUAUCCUCUUAACUAUGUAUUAAAUAUAUUUGCAUCGUUUUUCAAA